AUGGCGCUGGAAAAUUACCGGCGUCGAUUGCCAGAGGUUGUUGCUAGAGAUGGCGUGAAGAAAAUCACAGAGUUCUCAAUCGUCGGAGGUUGUAGGCGAUCACGAGAGAGAAGUGACAUUUGGGGGUUUGACGGAACGGUUUUGGGAUUUGCCCUCUCCGCAUUUGUUUUAGAAUGGGGGUAUUAUUGGAAGGCGGGGGAAAAUGUCCUGGAGCCUGUAGAGAAAAAAUUGCGGAGGAGGGUUAUCGACGAUCCCAGCUGUCCGGGUUGUGGUUCUAACCAAGAAUCUGUUGUCCAUAUUCUUUGUAAUUGCCCUUUAGCUGUUCAAACGUGGCGUUUGUCGCCUAUGCACUGUCGAAAUGGGGCUCUGUUUGACCAUAAGCUAGCUCUUCCUGGGGUGGUGUGCAAGUGGGCAAUGGAAUAUUUGCAAGAGUUUUUGUCUGCAAACUCUUUGAACCCUCUAAAUAUUGUUUCAUCUGGGGAGGGUGCUGCAAAUUCGUGGAUUAGGCCUUCAGAUGGGAUCUUUAAGAUUAAGGUGGACGGUUCAUGGAAGGAAGACAUGGGGAAAGGAGGCUAUGGUAUUGUGGUUAGAGAUUAUAGAGGUCUUUUUGUUGCUGCUUCUAUGGGUUUUUCACAGUGGUGUGCAAGUUCAUCAAUUGCUGAAGCUUUGGCAAUUCGACAAGGUGUUCAUCUUGGCUUCCAACUUGGUUUGGGGUCUAUUUUCGUGGAACGUGAUGCUCAAUUGCUGGUGAAGAUGCUCAAUGGCCAGGUUACAACCAAUCAAGAGGUGGAAAUGAUCAUUCAUGAUAUUCAAGCCUUAAGCAAAAAUUUCCAGUGCUGCGGCUUUUCUUUCGUUCGUAGGACUGGUAAUUCGGUUGCUCAUGUGUUGGCAAAUUGA